AUGUCAGUCUUACAACUUUGGAACCCAAAAGGGCGACUCAGGGAAAUUCAAAUGUCAGCUAGCGACUCUGAUCGAUUUGUUGGAUUUGCUAACUUUACCGAGGUUGAAAAUUUCAUUUACAGAGGAAUAAAGGUAUGCUAAAUCUGUCUUUGUGCAUCAAAAAUUAAUUAAUUGCACCUCAAUGUUUGAAUCUAUAUAUUCAUAAUCGUAGCUGUAGCUCUAUUUCAGCGCCUUGCAUGAUUCUUUCUGAAGCUGUGCUCCACUUAACAUGGUUGGGAAUUAGCGCGGCAUUUCGAUUGAUCGAUUGCGUUCGGGUGCAAGGAAGCGACAGCAGGUAGUUGCUGGUUAAGACAGGAGCGAGGUUGUUUCACAUCAUGGGGGUGAACUUGCAACGGUAGAAGUUGAGCCAACUUGAAAUGGCGCGAAACCUCUAUAAAUUACAUGGCACCCUCGGGCACAGGACUUACAGAAUUGUUUAACACAAUGAAAAACGUUCAAAUGUCGUACAAUUUCUUAAGUGUCAUAACUUUCAUUCUUGGAAUAUUCAAAAUAGAAAACCGUUCAUGCACUGAGUCUCUAUCUUCCUGCAUAUAAAAUCGACGAAAGAACUUAAAAUUAAAAAAAGACAAAACGUUUUUAUCAAUGUUUGAAAAAACAUACGUUUCUCUAUUUUCCUUCCCUAAUGUUAGAGCAUCUGCGAAGGUGACCCGUGCAAAGAAAACGAAUUAUGUGUCGCAAGCUACACAUCAAAAACUCACUUGUGUAAGCGUAUCAGAGGUAAGUGGAGACCUGGUAGAUUUUUGUAGUUUGAGAGAAGCUCAUGUCCUAAUUAAUCAAGGGAUACGUUGUCAUAUGUUACCUCGAUACAGGACAGCAAUGUUCUGAAUGUUACUUUAUGUAAUCAAUAUGGUGCUCAGUUAACACAGUGGGAAGUUUUUCAAAUACUAAUAGCUAUGGGGCUUGGGAAAAAUACCACACAACUCGCAAAAUAUUGCGCGUAUUAUUUUGCGCGUAUACUAUCGACUAAAGUGUAUUCAUAACAGACGGUAACUUGACUACUUGCUGUUUACAUUUAAAGAUUGCCCCAAGAGCUGUCUUGACUAUUAUCAAAAUGGUUCCAAAACUGACGGUGUGUACCGGGUUUACGCUGAUGAAGAAGAACCCUUUCAAGUGCUGUGUGACAUGACAACUGAUGGCGGAGGCUGGACCACCUUUCAAAGGCGCAUGGAUGGCUCUGUAGACUUUUAUGUCGCCUGGGAAUCGUACAAAAAAGGCUUUGGAAAUCUGGAGGGCGAGUUUUGGCUCGGAAACGAUUAUCUUCACCGUCUGACUGCAUCUGCUAACAUGGUGUUUCGAAUCGAUAUGGAGGAUUACGAAGGUCAUCGAAGAUUUGCCGAGUACAUGACUUUCUCCGUGGCCGACGAAAGCGAUAAUUAUCGGGUGACAAUCGAUGGAUACCGAGGCACCGCAGGUGACUCAUUAGCUUCAACUCAGCCCAUCAGGUAUGUGGCUGGCAAUUCGUUUACCGAUGUUAGAAGAAUGAAAAUUGACAUUGAGAAAUUUAUCAGUGGAGCGCUGCUGCUCAAGAAUGCGUGACUUACCGUUCACUUGACGAAGUUGAAGAUCCUUAAACUUAACUUUAUAAACUUCUCCUUUGCCUCAUGUUUUAGGAACAACUUCAUGUAUAUUAUUGACCAUCACUGCCCUUUUUAAAUUGGUCAUUGACAUUGACAUUGCUCCUUGCAGCAUGAUUUACUUUUUGUGCACUGCUUUGUGCACAGAUUUCCAUGUUUUUCUUCUUCACUUUCCUUCUCAUGCCUUCAGCAACAUUGCUGCCCACCCAGCUUCUUGUCAUUUUUUCACGAAGUUGUUGUUGUUUUUCUUUUUUUCAAUUUAGAAAUAUGAACUUUACAACCAGAGACAGAGACAAUGACGCUAGUGACGUUGGAAACUGUGCAGAGUAUUUUAGAGGUGGCUGGUGGUAUAAUAGCUGCCACAGGGCAAAUCCAAAUGGCUUGUACCAAGGCGGAAGUCACGCACAAGGAGUUAAUUGGAUCUCAUUUCGAGGACUAGAUUAUUCGCUUAAGCGCACUGAGAUCAAACUUCGACCAGCAUGA